GCCAGCCAGCCAGCCGUCCCGAGCUACCACCAGGUUUCACGGAAAACAGAUCCGGCAGGUUCCAGGUGCCUACACUGGAAACGUGGAGAUCCUGCUUCCUGCUUCCCAGGCCACAGCUGUGGGGAACUUGGGGCGGAGCAGAGAAGUUUCUGUAUUCAGCUGCCCAGGCAGAGGAGAAUGGGGCCUCCACAGCUUGAAGAAUGAAGACAAGACAGAAUAAAGACUCAAUGUCAAUGAGGAGUGGACGGAAGAAAGAGGCCCCUGGACCCCGGGAAGAACUGAGAUCGAGGGGCCGGGCCUCCCCUGGAGGUGUCAGCACGUCCAGCAGUGAUGGCAAAGCUGAGAAGUCCCGGCAGACAGCCAAGAAGGCCCGCAUAGAGGAAGCCUCCACCCCAAAGGUCAGCAAGCAGGGCCGGAGUGACGAGAUCUCAGAGAGUGAAAGUGAGGAGACAAAUGCACCAAAAAAGACCAAAACUGAGCAGGAACUCCCUCGGCCACAGUCUCCCUCAGAUCUGGAUAGUUUGGAUGGGCGGAGCCUCAAUGAUGACGGCAGCAGUGACCCUAGGGAUAUUGACCAGGACAACCGCAGCACGUCCCCCAGCAUCUACAGUCCUGGAAGUGUGGAGAAUGACUCCGACUCGUCUUCUGGCCUGUCCCAGGGCCCAGCCCGGCCCUACCACCCACCUCCACUCUUUCCUCCCUCCCCUCCACCACCAGAUAGCACCCCCCGACAGCCAGAGCCUGGCUUUGAACCCCAUCCUUCUGUGACACCCACUGGAUAUCAUGCUCCCAUGGAGCCCCCCACAUCUCGAAUGUUCCAGGCUCCUCCUGGGGCCCCUCCCCCUCACCCACAGCUCUACCCUGGGGGAGCUGGUGGAGUUUUGUCUGGACCCCCAUUGGGUCCCAAGGGGGGAGGGGCUGCCUCUUCAGUGGGGGCUCCUAGUGGGGGUAAGCAGCACCCCCCACCUACUACCCCCAUUUCAAUGUCAAGCUCUGGGGCUGGUGCUCCCCCAACAAAGCCACCUAACACUCCAGUGGGUGGUGGGAACCUACCCUCUGCUCCACCACCAGCUACCUUCCCCCAUGUGACACCAAACCUGCCUCCCCCACCUGCCCUGAGACCCCUCAACAAUGCAUCAACUUCUCCUCCUGGCCUGGGAGCCCAGCCACUACCUGGGCAUCUGUCUUCUCCUCAUGCUGUGGGGCAGGGUAUGGGUGGACUUCCUCCUGGCCCAGAGAAGGGCCCAACUCUGGCUCCCUCACCCCACCCUCUGCCCCCUGCUUCCUCUUCUGCCCCAGCCCCCCCAAUGAGGUAUCCUUAUUCAUCCUCUAGUAGUAGCUCUGCAGCAGCCUCCUCUUCCAGUUCUUCCUCUUCCUCUGUCUCCCAGUACCCAGCUUCCCAGGCAUUGCCCAGUUAUCCUCACUCCUUCCCUCCCCCAACAAGCCUCUCUGUCUCCAAUCAGCCACCCAAGUAUACUCAGCCUUCUCUCCCAUCCCAGGCCGUGUGGAGCCAGGGUCCCCCCGCACCUCCUCCAUAUGGCCGCCUCUUAGCCAACAGCAGUGCCCAUCCAGGCCCCUUCCCUCCUACUGGGGGCCAAUCCACUGCCCACCCAUCAGCUCCAACACAUCACCAUCACCACCAGCAGCAGCAGCAGCAGCAGCAGCAUCAUGGAAGCUCUGGGCCCCCUCCACCUGGAGCAUAUCCCCACCCCCUGGAGAGCAGUAGCUCCCACCAUGCACACCCUUAUGCCAUGUCUCCCUCCCUGGGGUCUCUGAGGCCCUACCCACCAGGGCCAGCACACCUGCCUCCACCUCACAGCCAGGUGUCCUACAGCCAAGCAGGCCCCAAUGGCCCCCAAGUCUCUUCUUCCAACUCUUCCUCCUCUCAAGGGUCCUACCCAUGUUCACACCCUUCCCCCUCCCAGGGACCCCAAGGGGCGCCCUACCCCUUCCCACCGGUGCCUCCAGUCACCACCUCCUCGGCUACCCUUUCCACGGUCAUUGCCACCGUCGCUUCCUCGCCAGCAGGCUAUAAAACUGCCUCCCCACCAUAUGGAAAGAGGGCCCCGUCCCCGGGUUCCUACAAGACAGCCACCCCACCCGGAUACAAGCCGGGGUCGCCGCCCUCCUUCCGAACGGGUACCCCACCGGGCUAUCGAGGCGCCUCGCCACCUGCAGGUCCCGGAACCUUCAAGCCUGGCUCGCCCACCGUGGGUACUGGACCCCUGCCACCUGCGGGGCCGACAGGCCUGUCAUCUCUGCCUCCACCACCUGCGGCCCCUGCCUCAGGGCCACCUCUGAGUGCCACUCAGAUCAAACAGGAGCCAGCUGAGGAAUAUGAGACCCCCGAGAGCCCGGUGCCCCCGGCCCGCAGCCCUUCGCCCCCUCCCAAGGUGGUAGACGUGCCCAGUCAUGCCAGUCAGUCUGCCAGGUUCAACAAACACCUGGACCGCGGCUUUAACUCGUGCGCGCGUAGCGACUUGUACUUCGUGCCGCUGGAGGGCUCCAAGCUGGCCAAGAAACGCGCCGACCUGGUGGAAAAGGUGCGACGCGAGGCCGAGCAGCGCGCGCGUGAAGAAAAAGAGCGCGAGCGCGAGCGGGAACGCGAGAAGGAGCGCGAACGCGAGAAGGAGCGCGAGCUGGAACGAAGCGUGAAGUUGGCUCAGGAGGGCCGUGCUCCAGUGGAGUGUCCAUCUCUGGGCCCAGUGCCCCAUCGCCCUCCAUUUGAGCCGGGCAGUGCUGUGGCCACAGUGCCUCCCUACCUGGGUCCUGACACUCCAGCCCUGCGCACUCUCAGUGAAUACGCCCGGCCUCAUGUCAUGUCUCCUGGCAAUCGCAACCAUCCAUUCUACGUGCCCCUGGGGGCAGUGGACCCAGGGCUCCUGGGUUACAAUGUUCCAGCCCUAUAUAGCAGUGACCCAGCUGCCCGGGAGAGGGAGCGGGAAGCCCGUGAACGAGACCUUCGUGACCGCCUCAAGCCUGGCUUCGAGGUGAAGCCUAGUGAGCUGGAACCCCUACACGGGGUCCCUGGGCCAGGCUUGGAUCCCUUUCCCAGACAUGGGGGCUUGGCUCUGCAGCCUGGCCCACCUGGCCUGCACCCUUUCCCCUUUCAUCCGAGUCUGGGGCCUCUGGAUCGAGAACGUCUAGCGCUGGCAGCUGGGCCAGCUCUGCGGCCUGACAUGUCCUAUGCUGAGCGGCUGGCAGCUGAGAGGCAGCACGCAGAAAGGGUGGCGGCCCUGGGCAAUGACCCGCUGGCACGGCUGCAGAUGCUCAACGUGACCCCCCAUCACCACCAGCACUCCCACAUCCACUCUCACCUGCACCUGCACCAGCAGGAUGCCAUCCAUGCAGCCUCUGCCUCGGUGCACCCUCUCAUUGACCCCCUGGCCUCAGGGUCUCACCUUACCCGGAUCCCCUACCCGGCUGGGACCCUUCCUAACCCCCUUCUUCCUCACCCUCUGCACGAGAACGAAGUUCUUCGUCACCAGCUCUUUGCUGCCCCCUACCGGGACCUGCCGGCCUCCCUCUCUGCCCCGAUGUCAGCUGCUCAUCAGCUGCAGGCCAUGCACGCACAGUCCGCCGAGCUGCAGCGCUUGGCGCUGGAACAGCAGCAGUGGCUGCACGCCCAUCACCCGCUACACAGCGUGCCGCUCCCCGCCCAGGAGGACUACUACAGUCACCUGAAGAAGGAAAGCGACAAGCCACUGUAGAACCCGCGAUCAAGAGAACACCCAUGGCUCCUGCGUCUGGACCUUGGAGGCCCCCCUUCCGGCCCGCCACCCAGGGCCUGCCACCCAGAAUCCGAGGAGAGGGUGCUGCUCAGUUGCAGGGUCUCCACAGCUGGGCAGAGGGAGGGAGGAAGGGACAGACAGAGGCCAGGGCCCUCGUGGUGUGCGAGAGUGGGGACAAAAUGCACACCAGGGCAUUUUGGACCAGGGCCCUCUUGUCCCCCUGCUUUCCUCUUCCUCCUCCAUGCCCAACCCUGGUGGCCGCCGCCCGUCCCCCACCCCGUUGGUGUGAUUAUUUCAUCUGUUAGAUGUGGCUGUUUUUGCGUAGCAUCGUGUGCCGCCCCUGCCCCUCCCCAAUCCCUGUGUGCGCGCCCCCUCUGCGAUGUAUGCCCUUUGCCCCUGCCCCACAUUAAUAAUUUAUAUAUAUAAAUAUCUAUAUGACGCUCUUUAAAAAACAUCCCAACCAAAACCAUCCAAACAAAAACAUCCUCACAAGUCCCCGGAACAUGGCUGUGACUGGUUCUUUGUGGGGGCUGGGGGUGGGAUCUCUACAGCGGUGCCUAGAUCUCUAGAGACUGGCAGGGAAGCAGGAAGGGACGGGGCCUUCUUAAGGAACUGGAUGCAGGCCCCUAGAGAGUUGGAGAGGGGAUCUGGGGAGGGUCAGGAACCUUGGCCCUGCUGGAGGGGGUAGCACGGUGCUAGUUUCCUCCCGCCCCGCAAAGCUGGGAAGUCAAGAAACUGGAGGCCUGAGACAGGACCGCCUCUGCCAUGGCCUGGACUAGGAAGCUGCCCAGACCUUGGAGCUUCUGCUACUGGUCCCACUGCUGGGAGCCGCCAGAGGCCCCCGGAACGAGGGCUACGGAGUCUUGGAUCCUUUCCGUGGAGCAGUCCGAAAAGCGGGGUGGGGCGGGGGUAAUUUCGAUAGAUCAGUGUGGUCAGCACCCGGCAGCCGUGACUACCCUACAGUGUGAGGAGGGUGUGGGUGACAACCUCAAACGCCUGGAAGGGAAAUAGGACAUCCCGCGGCAUCGCCCAUCCCUCCACAAAGCCAUUUUAGGAGAGCGUGAGCGCGGCUGUCGCUCCAGGCUUUUAUUGCUGCCAAUCGCUGUCCUCGUUCUUGGCAACGAAAGGGCUGUGACUGGCUACGUUCUCAGCCAAUCGGUACCGGGUUCAUUUGCAUAGGCUGUAAUAAAGCGUUCACAAACUCUAGAAA